AAGAAAAAAGAAGAAAAAAAAGGGCACCCACUCUCUGUGUUCUGUUGGAUAGUCUGCAUCCCACGUACCAAUCUCCAACUAAUCUCUCUUUCUUUAUUCAUUCGGUUGCUUCUUUCUUUCCAUAAUAAUAAUCACCAAAUCCAUCUAUUAUUUACCAAAAUUCAAGAUUUGCUAAGAAAACCACUGUAAGUUGUCUAAAUCAUUUCCCAAAUCUCCUCUUUUGGGACAACUUUUUGUUGGUAUUUCUUUGUAAAUGCUUCAGAUUUAUUCAAGAUUUUGAAAAGGGUGUGAUUUUUUUGUCUUUUGGUACACAAUCAAUGGUUGUAUCUAUGGUUUUUGGUAGUUUUUUAUGGUAAAGUUUGAGUUUUUAUUGAUGAAAGUGAAUCAAGAUUCAAAAGGGGUUCUACUGAACUUGGUAAAAUGGUAUCUUAUGUUAAAGUUUGAGUUUUUAUUGAUUAAGUGAAUCAAGAUUCAAAAGGGGUUCUACUGAAUUUGGUAAAAUGGUAUUUUAUGUUAAAGUUUGAGUUUUUAUUGAUUAAGUGAAUCAAGAUUCAAAGGGGUUUUUGGAUUUGGUAAAAUGGUAGUUGGGCAAGUGGUUUCUAGGAUAUUUUGCUGAUGGUUAUUUAUAGAAUGUGUUUUGAAUGUGAUUGUAUUGGUUACUGGAUGUGGUGGAACCAAUAACUAGGGGAAAAAUGAGUACUUUCAGUAGAAGUCUGUCUCAUAAACAGAGGGCAUUGACAGUUAGUAGCCCUAGAUUGUUCGAUAAGUCGGUUAGCAGCCCUAGAUUUAGUAGUAGGAAAAGCGAGGUUUCGAGACUUUUUCGUGUACUUAUAGCGAUUGGAUCUGUUGUUUCCUUUUUCUUGGCAAUUGGAGGAGGGUAUUUAUAUGUCCUACCCAAUCUUACAAAAGCAUUUCAUGAGGAGAAUCUUGUUAGUUUUAAUGGUUCGGAUAGUUUUUGUGACAUAUAUGAUGGAAAAUGGGUAGUCGAUAAAAGCUAUCCUUUGUACAAUGCCUCGGAAUGCCCCUUUGUGGAGAAAGGAUUCAACUGUUUGGCUAAUGGUAGAACGGAUAGUGAUUAUCUUAAGUGGAGGUGGAAGCCACGGAACUGUGAAAUCCCUAGGUUUGAUGUGCAUGAUAUGUUGGAAAUUCUUCGAAAUAAAAGAAUUGUAUUUGUAGGAGACUCGAUGAGUAGGACUCAAUGGGAGUCUUUGAUAUGUUUGUUAAUGACGGGGGUGCAAGAUAAGGAAAGUGUAUAUGAAGUAAAUGGGAAUAAGAUCACAAAAGUAAUCCGUUUUUUGGGAGUGAGGUUUAGUUCCUUCAAUUUCACCGUUGAAUUUUAUCGAUCAGUAUUCCUUGUCCAACAUACUUGGUCUUCUAAAUAUGGAAUAAAGAGAGUUAGAUCAACCCUUAAGUUGGAUAAGCUUGACGAUAUCAGCAACGAGUGGAUCAAUGCAGACGUCCUCAUAUUCAAUUCUGGACAGUGGUGGGUCCCUGGGAAGCUUUUUGGAGUGGGGUGCUAUUUCCAAGUAAAUAAUGCACUGAGGAUUGGAAUGUCAAUUCCGACGGCAUUCAGAACUGCCCUUGACACUUGGUCAUCCUGGAUUGAUACCAAAAUUAACCCUAACAGGACACGUGUUUUCUUCAGAACGUUUGAACCUUCUCAUUGGAGCAAUCUAACUCUGCGGUUGUGCAAUGUGACAAAUCAACCUCUUUCAGAGACUAGCGGUCAAGAGAGUAGCUCAUUUUCAGAUGCCGUAUUACAGGUGGCGAACAGCAUGAAAGUUCCAGUUAAUGUGCUGCACAUAACUCCCAUGUCUGCGUUCAGGAAAGAUGCACAUGUUGGUCUUUGGAGCGAUAAUCCAUCUCUGUCUGAUUGCAGCCACUGGUGUCUACCUGGAGUUCCUGAUAUUUGGAACGAAAUGGUCUUUUCGUACCUGCAUGGUAGCUAUCGCCAUACGCCAUUGCAUCAACAAAGAGAAUUCAAUAACUUGAACUGAUGUAUCAUAAGGAGGAACUCUGCUUAUGUUUCUCUAUGGAGGUCAAUCAAUUUUGCAAAGCAAUUUUGAACAGAAAUGUAUAGUAACAGUGAGAAGAUAGUUUUGUACCGGGAAAUUGAUUUUUUUUUUUUUUUUUUGGUUUCACUAAAUUUGUUUUGUAAGAGGGAAGGAGAAAAAUGUAUAUCAUUCCCAGAAUGUUUGUCUUGUUUCUUGUAAUGUUUGAAAAUUUGUAUGUAAUGUAUUUCAACAUUUAGUCAUUUAUACACUAAUGAGAAGUGUUACAUAUGAAGUUUGACA